AUGUCGCUUCAUUUCUUGCCAAUGGCCAACAAGCGCCGGUCCAUUUCCUACCAAUGGGGAACUCACUGUUCUCAUUUCCGGCCAAUGACAGACGUUUGUCGGCUGUCCAUUUUUUUGUGCUGGGAUAUGUCAACAGAGGAGCUACGUACUUGGAAAUGAAGUCAACACGGUUAUUUAAGGUAAGCAAUCAUGGUUUAUUUACAUUGUCACCAUGUGAUAUGCGAUAUUACUUACAAAAAGAUGUAGCCUAUCUGUGGCGAUUCAGUAAUAUAUGACGCCUAUAUUAUGCUAACGGAAUGAAGUGAAUGGUGCACGACGCUAGUUGGCUAUUAGGUAUUGUAACGUUAGCUCUCCUCACUGACAUUGCUUGAAUAAAUUGUCUUAAAGUGUUUAAAUAUGUGUGUAUAUAACGUUAGUCAUCCACAUAAUGCCCGUGUUCGACUCGAUUUACUUGUGGGGAAUAUCUGCGCGUGCAAAACAAACUUCUUAUCGAGUCAACAUGCAACCUUUUUGUCAAACUUCAAGGGCUGUUUUCUGCUCGUAUCUAGUACAUUUCAACGUAGUGUUGAUUGAAGUAAAGAUUUUAAGAGUAACAAACAACAUGUGGGCCUUGUUGCCAUUCAUAACAAUUUGUAAUAACGAUGUGAUUACUCCUGUAGAUGACAUGGGGCAAUGAGAGAAGAGGAAUUUUAAGAGCCUGUGCCAACAGUGGGACAUGAUCUGCGCAGAGACCGACACAUUGGCACAACCCAUACGAAAAGAUUCAGAAGUGCCCAGUACAGGAGAGGGGGCAGACAUCACUGUUUUGUGGGCAGCAGACCUGUACAGGCUCCAGCCCUGUGUGUCACAGCUACAGAUGCCUGCGCUGCAUGCCCAGACGCCCCGGCCCCCCUCGCCAUCGCUCCAGCCCUGUGUGUCACAGCUCAAGACCCCUGCGCUGCUGGCCCAGACGCCCCGGCCCCCCUCGCCAUCGCUCCAGCCCUGUGUGUCACAGCUCCAGACACCUGCGCAACCGGCCCAGCCUCCUCUACCCCCUGCGCCAUCACUCCAGCCCUGUGUGUAACAGCUCCAGACGCCUGCGCUGCUGGCCCAGACGCCCCGGCCCCCCUCGCCAUCGCUCCAGCCCUGUGUGUCACAGCUCCAGACGCCUGUGCUGCUGGCCCAGCCUCCUCUACCCCCUGCGCCAUCACUCCAGCCCUGUGUGUAACAGCUCCAGACGCCUGCGCUGCUGGCCCAGCCUCCUCUGCACCAUGGCCUCCUCCUGCCCUCAGCUCUACCAGCUCCUGGUCCGUCUCAAGUCCAGCCAUCACAGCUGGUAGGCUGUCGGUGAACACGGGAUGCCAAGCAUGGACAAGGUGGACAACCUGGCUGAAUACAUUGUGGAGCUGCACCAUGAAGCCUCCCUGACCCACCCCCUGCAUUUUCAAUACCACUUGUUCUCCCACUCCACCCAAACUGCUCCUCUUGUCUUUUCUCGGCUUACUUUUCCUCUCUGUACAUUCCAUGUACAUUCCAACAACCAUGGGUACAGUUUUCAUACCUGCCAGACCCAGUGCCACCACUUCAGCCCCCCUGGACCACAGAAUCACCUCUCAAAGGCUUGAUUUGAUAAAAAGGACUGUAGAUAGUAAUUGAUGCAGAAAAUAUGGUCAAUAUCGCACAAAAGAAUCUGGACAUAGUCAGUACAAGAGCUUUAUGUAUGGCCCUAAUACUCAAUCCCUUUCAAAGGAGGAGUGGCUGAAAAUAAUGAACAAAACAAAAAGCAGUAACUCUAAAUAUUUCUCUGCUGUACAUUUAUGUAAUGUUGACUGUACAUAUUGUUCAUACUGUUCUGAUGUGGGUGUGGGUGUGGAUGUGUAUGUGUUGACGCUAAAUUGUAAAUUUGUAUGUUUAGAUUACUCUGUUGAUCUUGGCCAAGUUUCCAGUGUGUGUGUGUGUUACGUAAAAUUGCAUAUUUGUAUAGGCCCUAAUUGUUUAUGUCACUUAAGAUUAUUCUAUUGAUCUUGGCCAGAUCAGGACUCCUUUGUGUGCAUGUUUUUUUUUACUGACAAUUAUUUGGGAAUGGGUCUGGUCGGGGCACA